UUUAAGGUACGCAUAGCGGCAAAGUUCAUCAUUCAUGCUCCUCCUGGGGAAUUUAAUGAGGUGUUCAAUGAUGUUCGAUUACUGCUUAACAAUGAUAAUCUUCUCAGGGAAGGAGCAGCCCAUGCAUUUGCACAAUACAACCUGGACCAGUUUACUCCAGUAAAAAUUGAUGGUUACGAUGAGCAGGUCUUGAUAACAGAACAUGGCGACUUGGGUAAUGGAAAAUUUUUGGAUCCAAAAAACAAGGUCUCCUUUAAAUUUGAUCACUUAAGAAAAGAGGCUACUGAUCCUAGGCCCCAUGAAGCUGAAAAUGCAUUAGAAUCCUGGAGAAAUUCAAUUGAGACUGCAGUGAGAGCUUAUGUGAAAGAACACUACCCAAGUGGUGUCUGCACAGUGUACGGUAAAACAAUUGAUGGACAGCAAACCAUUAUUGCAUGUAUAGAGAGCCAUCAGUUUCAAGCAAAAAACUUUUGGAAUGGUCGUUGGAGGUCAGAAUGGAAGUUUACAAUCACCCCUUCAACCACUCAGGUGGCUGGCAUCUUGAAAAUUCAGGUUCAUUAUUAUGAAGAUGGUAACGUCCAGUUAGUGAGCCAUAAAGAUGUACAGGAUUCUCUAACAGUUUCUAAUGAAACCCAAACAGCAAAGGAAUUCAUAAAAAUUGUAGAGGCUGCAGAAAAUGAGUAUCAGACUGCCAUCAGUGAGAAUUAUCAGACAAUGUCGGACACUACCUUCAAAGCCUUACGUCGACAGUUGCCAGUUACCCGCACUAAGAUUGACUGGAACAAGAUCCUUAGCUACAAGAUCGGAAAAGAGAUGCAGAAUGCUUAAGACGAACAUUGCAUGACUGGAUCGUUUUAGUGUCCUUGUAUACAAAUAAAACUUAUUACAAAAAGUAUUUGGAACGGUCAAGUCACCCAGUCAGCAUGGGCUUUUGCCAUUGAAAAAUCACUGUAAGUAGUUUGGUUAGAGCACAAAGCUUAGCUAAUUGACCAUUUUUCUUUCUGUUUUUUCCUUUUCUCAGAGCAUUGCAAAAUCAGUGUAGCUCAAAUUCUUUUCAAGUUUCUGUUGUACCUUGACUUUUUUUAUAAUGAAAACCAUGCCUUUAGUUUUUAAUUGAAAAUUAAGAACAGUUCAAAAAACUAUUUUUGCAUACAAUAACCCUGUAUCUCUUGCUUUCAUAAGAAGUGGGCGACUUUUGAAAUUUGCUGGAUUCCUCAAAGAAAUUGUUAAUGUACAUUUCUAGUUCAAGGCUCAUCAUGAAUUUUGCCAUAGGUGCUGCUGUAGAAACCAUCUUAUCCCUUCAUUGUACGUAAGAUUGGGAAAGCAUUUUUCUAUAUUAUGUUUAAAUCUUCCAAAAUACUUACUUAGCUAGCUCAGUGUUAACUAAACUUUUUUUAAAUAAGGCCAAGGUCUAAUGCUGUUUUAAGAUUAUGAAAUUAAAUAAAAGUACUUAUUUCAGAAAUGCAUUUAAUGCUUUGUUCCUGACAGUUACUUAAAUGAACUCAAAUUCCAUCUGCCCUUGAGUUAUUUUUUAUCAUACAGCCACAAAUGUAUUAUAACAAGGCAUACUGUAAUAUAUAUAAUCCUGUACUCAUUACCAUGUCUGUUGGUUUAUUUUUCUUGGAUUGAAAUGUACUAAAAUUCAAUGUGACAUUAAAAUGCAAAUUUUCUAUUUAUUUGAGCAGCAAAUUGCUUAAUGAUAUAUCAUAUUAUGUGGUAUUUAUAAAAGAUGAAACCUGCUUGAAGCAGA